AUGUGGCUACUGUUAGGUGGACUAUCCAUCUUUUUGCUUCCACGGACGACGGAUGCGUGCCUUUCUGCGGGUGUCUGCGGAUCAUCGUGUGCGCCAGCCCCAGCAGCAACAUGCGCGCCAUCGUCCUGCCAGCCGGGAUAUUCUUGUGGCCCGUAUGGAUGUGCUAGGAAUCGAGCGCGUUCCGCGCUGACGAAAAAAUUCGAAGGUAUCUUCCUGGACAACUCCAAGGAAGAAUCUCCUAGUCUUGCCCAUUUGCCGGCAAGGCACGAGGAGCCAUCGGAAGAAACCUCUGAGGCAAAAGUCGUUAAUAGGAAUGUCUUCGGUAUGAAGAGAAACAACAAGCUAAAGGACGAUGAAGAGCUGGAAAUCGCUACCGUGCGAACGACCGCUGCCCCAGCAGCGCCCUCGCAAAAGUUUGACAACCAGACGAUUGACCUCUUGGUGAACCCGAACUACUUGUUCCGGCAAUGCUGCGAACAGCGUCAUCUCCCGGACGCGUGUAUAACCAAGUGCAACUACAAUUCGUACACGAAGGAUGUGCUGCAAUCCAUGUACUUCAAGACUGAUGGCUGUCCACUUGAAGCAGCCGCCGACAUGCAUUUUUGUGCUGCGCAGGGCCGUGACCAUCGCGAAUGCUGCACCCGAAACGGAGUCACAACGACGCUGGCUGGCGAAAAAUGUUUGACCUUCUGCGAUCAAACACCAGAUAAAAUCACUCGCCUUGACUACUCCUACGUCCCGUGCUACGACCGUUUUGAAAAUAUGAAGCGCUGCUUCUUCAACGAGAUCAAAGUCCAUGCCGAAAAGCAGUUCGGCCGUUAUCGCCUG